AUGGAUUAUGACCUGUGUAAACAGUUUAGUGAAUUAAGAAAGUAUUAUCCCGAUGAAUUAGGAACAUCUUCAGAACACGAUUUUCAUCAAAAUGGGAAUAUUAAGGAUUACUGCCCUAAUGGAGUUACAGGAAAUAAAUGUGAGACUGAGCCCGAUAAAAUUAAGGCUGGAUGUUUAUGGUUGUUUGAGCAAUUGUUUCUGAAAAGUGGAAAAAAUAUCAAUACUGUUGAAUACAUUAUCAUAUGGUUAAGUUAUAAACUAAAUCAAAAGACGUAUAACGAAAUCAACAAUUUAAAUGAUUUUUACAAUAAAUGUAUAAAAGAUAAUACGCAUUAUAUUAAUUGUAAACAAGGUAGUCAAGAUUGUAGUACGUCAUUAAAAGAUAAUACAGGUUAUAAUAAUUAUAAGGAAAUAAUAGAUAAAAGAAAGAAAUUGUUGAAUAUUAAUAUUGAAAAUAUGUCUAAAUUUUAUGAUGCAUUUAAACCAUUAUGUAACAUGUAUACUGAAUUUAAUGCAAACAACACACACAAUAAGAAAUCCUUAGAAAAUGCUAGUCAAUUUGUUAAAAAAUAUAAUGAACUUAACGAUCCUAAUAAUACUAAAGAUGAAGACUAUUUUCAAGUAUUGUCUAAAUUAUCAAAUGAUUAUAAUAAUUUAAAAACGUAUUGUGAUAGUAAUAGCGUUGAUUGUAUUGAUAUUCCGUCUCUUACCCAGACAAAAACAGAAGAAAUUGGUGUGGGAGAUUUUGAACUGAGUUCUGAAGUUACAUCAUCAAGUUCGUCGAUAACAAACAAAUUAAUUCCAGUUUUAUCGAUAAUUGUUGCAAUACCAAUAUUCUUGGGAAUUUUUUAUAAGUAUUCGUUAUUUGGAUUUCGGAAACGAACCCCAAAACAACAUUUAAGAGAAAAACUAAAAAACUAA